ACUUCUUGUCGGCUAUUGUCGGUAAUUAGUGAGACCAUAGCUGGAUUGGAUUUUUGGCCAUCGGGAAUCUCCCGUCGUGUGGGCCUAUUGCGUAUACGACAACGACACGGAAUUGAGUUCUUAGCUUUAUUUCAGUACUCGUUAUGUUAUGGAAUCAGAACGAAGCAUGGAUGUUCCAGAGAAUCCGUUAACUCCAGGUUAUUAUUAUAGUUGCAUCUUAGGUGGAAGACAACGUAAGUGUGCACCAGCUGGUGACAGUCCCUGGAUGGAGCUUGGCGGCACAAAACCUCCAACGAAGGGAGAAAAUGCUCAAGUUGUAAAACAACGACAAAAUUGUAAUAGAUAUUUUACAUUCCGGAAUUCUGAUUCACAUGUGGAACGGCAUAAGGUACAAGGGGAAAUAACUCCUUUAUCAAACCAACUGGGACAGCAGCACAGAGAUUUUAUCUCUGCUCGCCUACAGACUCAAAUACAGCUAGGCGCUAGUACAAGGACGCAAAAACUUUUACCUACAGGUACAAUAUAG